CCCGCUGCCCCUUUGCCGCCUCGCUGACGUCAGCCGCGCGCGAGGGGCGCGGAGCGGCGGCUGCGGAGGGCGCCGAGGAUGGCUCCCUCACCCACCAAGCGCAAGGACAGAUCUGAAGAGAAAUCCAAGGACCGUUCCAAAGACAAAUCCUCCACUAAGGAAUCUGGUGAGAAGGAUCGUGGUCGAGACAAGGUGCGCAAGAGGCGCAGCGCUUCCAGCGGGAGCAGCAGCACCAGAUCCCGUUCCAGCUCCACUUCUAGUUCAGGCUCCAGUUCCAGCACUGGUUCCAGCAGUGGCUCCAGCUCCUCUUCUGCCUCCAGCCGCUCUGGGAGCUCCAGCACCUCCCGCAGUUCCAGCUCCAGCAGCUCCUCUGGAUCUCCAAGUCCCUCUCGACGGAGACACGACAACAGGAGACGGUCCCGCUCCAAGUCCAAGGCACCCAAGAGAGAUGAAAAGGAACGGAAGAGGAGGAGCCCUUCUCCCAGACCUACAAAAGUGCACGUUGGAAGGCUCACGAGAAACGUGACCAAGGAUCACAUCAUGGAAAUUUUUUCCACUUAUGGAAAGAUUAAAAUGAUUGAUAUGCCAGUGGACAGGCUAAACCCACACCUCUCUAAAGGCUAUGCUUAUGUGGAGUUUGAGAACCCAGAUGAUGCUGAGAAAGCCCUCAAACACAUGGAUGGAGGUCAGAUUGAUGGUCAGGAGAUCACUGCCACAGCAGUGCUGGCACCUCGGCCCAGGCCACCUCCCAGGCGCUUCAGCCCCCCCAGGAGGAUGCUGCCACCACCCCCAAUGUGGCGCAGGUCACCCCCUCGCAUGAGGAGAAGGUCCCGUUCUCCUCGCCGCAGAUCCCCCGUUCGCCGGCGCUCCAGGUCCAGAUCCCCGGGACGGCGGCGCCACCGCAGCCGCUCCAGCUCCAACUCCUCACGAUAAAGCACAAAGACUGGACAGCUUUUUAUUUUUUAACUUAAAUCCUGUCAGACUGAAUAUUGUACCUUUUUUUUUUUCUUUUUUUUUUUUUUUUUUUAUAAUGGGUCUGGGUGAGGAGGAAUGAGAGAGCUAAUCCUGGCAGUGAGGGCAAUCUCAGAGGAGAGAGUUCCUGGCUAAUUGAUUGCCUUUUUUGGGGGGGCUUCUAGUUUCCUGGCAGUUAUUUAAAAAUGGCUUUGAUUUUAAAGGCUGCAAAAACAUCUUUUCCAGUUAAACAGAGGGAAAGAUGUCACAAGCCUCUCUUUCUCCAGCUAGCAGGCUGCUGCUUGGUGAUUUCUAACUGCAGAGCCCAGCCUGGCAGUCAUAAACCUUGCACAGUGCAAUGGGGGGCAGUUACCUUCACCUCUAGGUGCCAGCACCUGAUCUGUCAGAGCAGCUGGAGCCCAAACUUCAGUACUGAGCUGUCACCUUGUUCCAAUUCCCAGACAGAUCAUUAGUUUCUGCAGUUUCUCUUCUGUAAUGCAAGUAGCAGGCCAGAAACCACAGCUCAGCCCCCCUGAACAUGAUGCUUCAGCAAAGAAGGUGGAAAUCUUAACUGGUUUGUAGCUGUCUUCAUGAUUUCUUUUUCACUUUUCUUAAAGGGUUUAGGGUAAAACUUCCCAUACAACCCCCCACUGAAAUGAGUGAGAGCUUCUGCACAUCCCAAAUUGGUGACCCCUGGACACUGCAAGGCAGGGAGGGAGGCUCGGGGCUGUCUGGAUUAAUCAGCGUUCACACAAAGGCAAAGAAUUUACCACCUGUUGUACAGUCAUUACUAUAAAGAGUUUUGUUUCGUUUUGGUUUUGUAUCACUUUGUAGUUUUUUGGGCCAUGUUGUGUUUGUACUUGUGUAGGAUCAGCAGCUAUCCAAUAAAGCCGUAGGGUUGAGAUGAA